AUGCCAAUCUAUUCAUUUUGGAUAUACGACAGACAUUGUAACUGCAUAUUCAGUCGCGAAUAUGGAACAGGUAUUCAUGAAUCAUCCACAGUCAUCCUGAAAUCAACCCCAAAACGUAAAGGAUCUGCGCAAUUCACUCCAAAUCCGAGCUAUGAAAGCACGUCCUCUUUGCCUACCUCCUCUCAUUCCACACAAAAUUCGUCCAUAUCAACAGGAAGGGGACAAAAAUUACUAUCCUCUGCAUUGAAUACUCAUAAGGCCCAAGACAUCAUACAAAAGGGCACCGUCAAUACUCAGAACAAUAAUAACACAUCGAAGCUCCUUUUUGGUACACUUUUCUCCUUAAGAAAGAUUGCUGUUUCAUUGUGUACACCACAGGCAGAGACACAACAGGAGGAAGAAUUCAAUACAUCCAACCUUAAUAACUUCAACACACUACAAUCAUUCCAUACUCUUAAUUACAAGUGCCAUUACUACGAGACCAUGAACGGCUUAAGAUUUGUUGUGGUGACACAUCCCGCGGCCCGUAACCUCCAAUCCUCCUUGAUUGAAAUAUACCAUUCAAUAUAUUUGCCUACAAUUGUCAGAAAUCCACUUGCACCUGUUGAGUAUCGAGCGGAUGAGGUUAUAUCGAAUGAUCGUUUUGUCCAUGCAAUAGAUGAAUACUGGACGUCACUUGAAGAAACUUUAACGUAA